ACAUUGAAAUUGUGGUUGCUUCGAUGUUCUUACAUUUAUAUGUGGCUCAUUCACCAUUCGGUUUUAGCUGGUUUAAGCAACAGUUCAAACAGCAACAGACGUUUCAGGCGACGCACUAAAACAUGUACGCAAAAUACUGAAGCACUGGUUGCAUAGGUUAUGAGGUUGCAGAACCGACGACCAAAACACCGACAACGACGAUGAUGAUGGUGAAAAGAAAAUUCAGAAACUAAGCAGCUGUCAUGCAGCUGUUCAUUGCUCGAACCAAUCAAAUCACACGCACAAAGAAAUAUUGAAUACACAGGCUGCACAAAAGAACCAUGCAGAUCAAUCGCAAACGGGGCGAACGAAGAUGCAAGACAAACGAAAGAUAGAGACGAAACAUGAAAUAAGUAGAACGCACUCAAAAGUUGAAAUGGUUUUGUUGGCCGUACAACACAUAAACAAUAAAUCCCUUGUUUUCAAUCGUUUCGUCGUUUCCUUCUCGAUUCCGUGCAAGUGUGUGAGUGUGUGAGCGCUUCAUUCGAUCACAAGUGCUUUGCUUUUGCUUUGACAUUUUGGUUUCGUUCAAUUCUUCGUCUUUUUCAUUAUUUCAUUCGUUCUUCCAAUCCAUUCUGCAUUAAAAGAUUUAUCGUGAAUUUCAACAACAGCCAAAAAUGAGUUCGGUUUGUCAAAAUAUGAAAUCACCAUUUAUUUUGAACAAUUUUUGUUUUACGCUAGCAUGUGAACUAAUCGAAUUGAGUUGUAAUGCAGAAACAAAAACGAACGAACGAACGAACGACGAAUGAGUCAGUUCAAAUAGAACUUAAAUUCACACGUUUUCAAUUCGCAUGAAAGACAUCGUUCGAUGCAAAAUGCGUGCUUAUCGCCCAACAAACACUUGUGUGUGUGUCACACACAGUUUCGAUAUUCGUAGUUGUUGUUUGUGCGGCGGCAAUAGAGAAAAAAACAUCGGUUUGCCAAAGUUUAAAAAACUAGUGCAUAAAAUAAACACAAUCACUUUAGUGUAUGUAUACAACUACAGUUUUAUUGGAGCGAUAAAAUAAAUAAAUAGUAUUGGAAUUUAGGUUUUACGUAUUAUUGAGUUCCAUUUAAUCUCCGUUUAGUGGGAAAAACAUUGAAAUACAUUUUUGAAACGGAAUGAUUUAUUCAAGCAACAGAUGCGCCAUCAAAGAGCGAUACACAAUAGCAAUUGGUGUGUUUGUACACAAACAUUUCUAAAUAAUUCAUAUCGCGAGUUUAGCUUGUAUUGACCGCACAGACAACUACUGGUGUCGGUGAGAGAUUCUCGCAGUUUCUGCAUAAGAGUGAAUGAGACAGAAGAGAUGAUUAUUGACAGUGAACCGGUACACGGAUAAACACCUCUCAUUUUUUGCAGACACCGAAAAUUUAUUUGUACAUCACUUCCAAAUCAGCCGUUAGAACGUUCAUACGUAACAUUGCUCGAAUUUACUUAAAAAGAGUGUACAGCGAAAAAAAUAAUCGCAAAUUGAUCAUCAUCCGACGCUUUUGUUUGUGCAUUUGAAGUUUAGCUGCUCAAUUUUCGGCGAUUUAAUCAUAAAACAUCGUGCAUCAUGGCAAAGAAGAUGAUUGACGAGAAUGCAAACGAGGAUGUCGAACGGGAAUCAAGAAUGGAAAAGGAUCUAAAAAUGGAAAAGGAGCCAAAAAUCAAGAAGGAAUCGAAGGUGAAGAAAGAAUCAAAAUCAAAAUCAAAGAAGGAACAGAAAACCGCGAUGGAAAAAAAGUCGACAAAAGAAUCAAAGACCGUGGAGAAUGAAAUGACGCCGCCAUUGAAGACAAAGAAACGUAGCACGACAAAAUCAACGGCAAAAAAAGCAACAGCCACGGUCAAACUCUGGUUCGAACCAGAAUGUAUUUUGGGUGCAACCGAUUGUUGGAACGGCGAAAUGGCGUUUCGGUUCAAAGCCAAAGACAGCGACAGCUUCGAAUUUGUUCCAGCCAAAGUAGCGAAGAUUGCUUGCCCACAGUUGGUUAUCAAUUUUUACCAAGAUCGUCUCGUUUUUUCCGAUGAUGUGUAAGGCUAGGGUAAAAAUGCGAUUAACAACAAUUGCCAUUGAAUGGAACAAAUAGCUCCUGUUGAUUAGGUCCACUUUUUUUUACUCUAUUUAUCGUUAUUGUUAAUGUCAAUUCUCUCAGAAAAUAUGUUUUGUGAAUCAAUUAAGAAUCAUUACAUGGAAUAUCAUACUUCCGAAUUAUCUAAAUCUUUAUGUCAGUUGAAAAUAUGUGACGAGAACAGUACCCGUAAUGAAGUUGAAAUAAAAAAAGAAGAUGAAAAACUGUCGAAAAAGAAA